AUGGAACCAGAACCGACCACUACCACUCUCCUCAAGGCUAUCAGCGCCCUUGCCAACCAAGUCAGGUCCUUGCAGGCCCAAAUUAAAUCACAAGGCAAGCAAAUCUCACAGCUCACCGCCUUAUGCAAGGAAACCAACAACCUUGUUGGUGACAAAGACCAGGGCGGAGCCCAAACCAAGCCUGGCCCAUCAACUGGGCCUGUCACCCCUCCUACCCACUCAGGGGGGAAGCCCACACUCCAGGCACGGGGAACAGGCUUUGACUCAGAGGACAAAGAACCAAGGCUCCCCAAAAAGGAGCCUCAAGGAACGCCUAGAAGGCACCUGGGAUCUCUCACCCCCUUUGAUUCAGGGUCCAGUGUAAAAAGGCCCAAGAUGGACCUUCCCGACCCCUAUAAGGGUGACACCAGGGGACAAAAGGCCACUCAGUGGCUUGAUCAAAUGAUGCUAUGGGUAGCUCUCCAUUGCAAUCAGUUUGACAAGGAAGAGCAGAUGGUGGUGUGGAUUCUAUACCACAUGACAGACAAGGCCGCCAACUGGGCCCUCCCCAUCAUUGGAAAUAUCAUCAAGGGCAAGGGUAACCCUCCCACCACUAUCCAGGCCCUAACGGCCAAAUUCAAGGAGGCCUUUGCCAACCCCAACGCCAAACGGGCUGCUGCCAGAAAAAUUGCAGCUCUCUCCCAAUCUUCCACCACCUCCAAGUACGUCACGGAGUUCUGCAACCUUAUGGCGGAACUAGACUGGAACAAGGAGGCUUACAUUGCGCAGUUCACGCAAGGCCUCCACUGGAAGGUGAAGGAACUCCUGUCCACCAAGGACAACAUCCCCAACAAGCUGGAGGCUAUAUUUGCCACCUCCAUCAAAAUUGACAACACCCUUGUUGGCUCUGACAGAGAGAACAAGGAGAACCGCCCAAAAAAGGCUCCUGCCAAGUCCCCGGCUACUGUAGCCACCUCCACAACCACCACAAGGGUCCGUCUCUCAGAAGACCCAAACUAUGUCACCCCGGAGGAACGGGACCGCCGCCGCGCGUCUGGCCUUUGUGUCAAGUGCGGCCAAAAGGGGCACGGCAUCAAACAAUGCCCCAAUGGCUGGAAAGCCACAAUUAAGGAGGUAGCCAAGGUGGCUGAAGAUGUUGAGUUGGGAAAAGACUGA